AUGCCUCCUGUAAGUGCGGAUCGUUUGAGACCCGAGAUUGAGUUCCUGUUGAGCCGGAAUGAUCCAGAUCAAUUGAGUCAAAGGGAGUUCCGCAACAAGCUGGAGCAGGUCCUUUGUUUGGAGGACGGCGCCUUGGAAAACGACAAGGAGCUGGUGAAUCGAUUGGUUCAGGACUUUUGGGCUCAGAAAGAUGCCAAGGAGAGACCGGCUGAUCUCAUUGAGCUCGAGGUCCAGGCCGAAGAAGCUGAUGGUUGGCAUUUCGUCAGGCGCUGGAGUUUGAAGGCGGAACGCCGACAGCAGCCCUUGAGGCUCCGGCGAGCUGUGGCAGCUGUGGGUGCCAACCUUCUCAAAUUUGACACUUCGCAGACGCUUGGCUGGAGGAAAGUGCAACCGUUACGCAAAAGGCCCCGCGGCGUUCCCUGCGUGCAGCGGACCGAUUCGAGACCAAUCUUCAUCAUGGCCAUGAACACGCAUCUGGGCGACGGGCACGGCUUUGAUCUGAUCGUGAAGAACACCUUCUACACCGUUCCAAUUGAGGAGGAAGAGGACUCCGGUCCCGGCUCCCCGAUGUCGCCCGGUGGCCUGCGUCGUCAAGAGUCCUCCCCGGCGAUGUUUGGACGGCGAUGCAGCAAAGGCAACAAGGUGGACUUUCCCUUCCUGGAAGAUGGCCCCAAGCCCACCAGGAGGAUCUCCACAGAAGACAUUCUCUCCAGCACCACCGCCUCCCAAUCCAUGGAGUGGUGGGAUGUGGAUGAGCACAGGACCAGUGUGAUGAUCAAAAACUUGCCCCAGAGCUGCACCAUUGAGCACCUCCAGAAGCUUCUCGAUGAUGCCGGAUUCAGUGGAUCCUAUGACUUCCUCUACCUGCCCAUGAAGUUCAUCAGCAAGUUGCCUUUUGGCUACGCCUUUGUGAACUUGGUCAAUGCAGAGGUGACUCGAGAAUUUUGGGUUCACUUUGAUGGCUACACCUGUUGCUUUGGGGAUGAGCCUUCCUGCCUGGCGAUGUCUUGGUCCACCGACAUUCAAGGCCUGGAUGAGCACGUUGCACGUUAUCGCAACAGUCCGGUGAUGCAUCCCUCCGUCUCUGCACAGUGCAAACCACUUCUCUUCCAGGAUGGCAAGCAGAUUCCAUUUCCGCCACCCACACAGGCGAUCAAAGCACCAAAAUGCCGGGCAUAA